GCCGGCCUGGCUGUGCGGCUGGGCGCUGCUGUGCUGCCCGCGGGGGGCUCUGCCCGGCCCGCCGCCGCCUCCGUGCCGGGAGGCGGACUACCACUUUGAAUACACGGAGUGUGACAGCAGCGGAUCCCGAUGGAGGGUAGCGGUCCCAAAUCUGGAAGUGGAGUGUUCUGGCUUACCUGAUCCCGUCAAAGGGAAGGAAUGCACUUUUUCGUGUGCUUCUGGGGAGUAUCUAGAAAUGAAGACGCAGGUGUGCAGUAAGUGUCCUGAAGGGACCUUCUCCGUGGGAAGCGGGAUCCAGUUUGUUGAAUGGGAUGAUCUGCCAGCAGGAUUCUCUAACGUGGCCACUUACAUGGAUUCUUCAGAUGGAUCGUCGGAGAAUAAAGCAGAGAGCUGCAGCAAGUCUUCCUGGAAUCCCCGUGGGAAUUACAUCGAGUCAAACAGGGACGAGUGCACCGUCGCCUUGAUCUACACCGUGCUCCUGAAGAGAUCUGGUUUUGUUACCUUUGAAUACCAGUAUACUGACAAAAACAUCAUCUUUGAGUUUUUUGUUCAAAAUGACCAGUGCCAAGAGAUGGACGCCACAAGUGACAAGUGGAUGAAACUGACCAACGACGGUGAAUGGGCCUCCCGCUCUGUAACACUGAAAUCAGGUGCUAAUAUAUUGUACUGGAGAACAACAGGGAUCUUUAUGAGUUCUCAAGCUGUGAAACCCAUAUUAGUGAAAAACAUCACAAUUGAAGGAGUGGCCUACACCUCUGAAUGCUUCCCUUGCAAACCGGGCACAUUUAGCAACAUAACUGGCGCGUCCACGUGCCAGGUCUGCCCUAAAAAUACAUACUCGGAAAUGGGUGCGAAGGACUGCACUAAGUGUCGAGAAGAAACUCACUACGCAGAUGAAGGGGCAAGCCAGUGCGAGGAGCGACCGCCCUGCGCCAACAAGGACUUCUUCCAAAUCCACACCCCAUGUGAUCAGGAUGGAAAGACUCGGCUCAUGUACAAGUGGGUGGAGACCAAGAUCUGCAGGGAGGAGCUUCCUGGCGCAGUGGCACUGCCCCCUUCUGGGGAGAGGAAGGAGUGCCCCCCUUGCAACCCCGGCUUCCACAGCAACGGCUCCUCUUUCUGCACCCCGUGCCCUCAGGACACGUUUUCGGACGGAAUGUGGGAGUGCAAACCCUGUCCUCCUGGUACUGAACCAGCUCUGGGAUUGGAGUACAAGUGGUGGAACGUGCUCCCUCACAAUAUGAAGACCUCAUGUUUCAACGUUGGCAACUCCAAAUGUGAUGGAAUGAAUGGCUGGGAAGUAGCUGACGAUCACAUCCAAAGUGGAGCGGGGGGUACAGAUGACGACUAUCUCAUCUUGAACCUUCACAUACCAGGAUUUAAGCUGCCAACUUCCAUCACAGGGAUGACGGGCUCGGAGCUCGGGCGGAUCUCCUUCGUGUUUGACACCGUCUGCUCUGCAGAUUGCUCACUGUAUUUCAUCGUGGAUAUCAAUAAGAAGUACACCAAUGUGGUGAAAUCCUGGAGUGGUAUGAAGGAGAAGCAGUCAUACACAUACGUUAUCUCCAAAAAUGCUUCUUACACGUUCACCUGGGCUUUCCAGAGAACAAAUCAAGGCCAUGAGAGCAGGAAGCUCAUCUAUGACACAGCAAAGAUUUACAUGAUAACUGUGACCAAUGCGGUGGACGGCGUUGCCUCCUUCUGCCAGGCCUGCGCUCUUGGCUCUGGACAGUCCGGCUCGUCCUGCAUCCCCUGCCCUGCUGGGCACUACAUCGAAAAGGAAACCAGCCAGUGCAAGGAGUGCCCACCCAACACGCACCUGUCCAUUCAUCAGGUGCACGGCCGAGAGGCCUGUGUCCCGUGCGGACCUGGCAGCCGAAGCACCAAGGACCAUUCUGCAUGCUUCAGCGAUUGCAAACUUUCAUAUGUGAAGGACAAUCAGAGCUUCACCUUUGAUUUUAGCAGCCUGAGCAGAGGAGGAUCAGUAAUGAAUGGACCGAGCUUUACAGUGAGAGGGACAAAGUUCUUCCACUUCUUCAACAUCAGCCUGUGUGGAAACCAAGGAGAAAAGACAGCACUUUGUGCGGACAAUAUAACCGAUAUUACUCUGAAGGACAUGGUGGCAGAGUCAGAAUAUUACUCCAACGUUGUGACGGCUUUUGUCUGCCAGUCGACGAUCAUCCCCCCGGACAGCAAGGGCUUCCGAACUGCUCUGGCGCUUCAGUCCAGCAGCCUCGCCGACACGUUUCUUGGAGCUACUAUAGAAACAAAUCUGGGAAGUAUUAAUGUUAAUCCAGAAAUGUUUAAUCAGUCCGAAAGCAGGAUACCCGAUGUGCAUUUCUAUUACAAAUCUUCAGGAGUUACAGCCGCCUGUGAAAUUGGACGUACUUCUGUUGUGACACUGAGGUGUGAUCCUGCAAAACCCAGCCAAGGGGAAAUUUCAGUUCCCAGCUUGUGUCCCGCGGGCACCUGUGAUGGUUGCUCGUUCUACUUCUUGUGGGAAAGUGCGGAAGCCUGCCCCUGGUGCACAGAGCUGGAUUACCACGAGAUUGAAGGCGCUUGUAAGGAAGGACACCAGGAGAUUUUAUAUUUCUGGAACGAGCCAAAGCUAUGUGUAAAAGGUGUACCUUUGCCUGAAAAGAAGAUCGUCCAGUGUGAGAUGGUGGACUUCUGGCUGAAAGUUGGAGCUGCAGUCGGGGCAUUCCUGGCUGUCCUGCUGAUUGCCUUAAUCUGCUAUUUCUGGAAGAAGAACCAGAAGCUAGAGUAUAAAUAUUCCAAAUUGGUGAUGACUGCCAAUUCAAAAGAAUGUGAGCUUCCAGCUGCUGACAGCUGUGCUAUCAUGGAAGGGGAAGAUAUCGAAGAGGAAGUAGUUUAUUCCAACAAACAGUCCUUGCUAGGAAAACUCAAAUCCUUGGCAACAAAGGAGAAGGACAACCAUUAUGAAUCUGUGCAAAUGAAAUCCUCAGGAUCUCAGAAUAUAUGA